GUACAACCCAAAAGAGUUUAGAAUGAACACUAAUGUGACCACGCGUUGACAGUCGACCCGGGCUGUCCCACCUGGCUGAAAGUCCUAACCUAAAAUUUACCUCAUUAUCGCCGGCAAACGAGACUGAUUACGUUUCUGAGUGCAAAUGUCUGUGAGAUCACGUAUACGAAGAACGCUUUUGCAUUUUGUUACCUUGAAUUCAACUUACAAAAAUAGAGGAAAAUUCGCAAAUAGAGGAAGAUUGUGACUGUGGAAAACCUUCACGAGACUGUCAGACUGAAGAAGAUUAAACCCCCGUGAGAGAGUGUCUGUGGUAAGUGCUUUAAACAAAGUUUUCCUUUAAAUUAACACAAACCAAAGACGACGUCGUCGGUGUUUUUCACGGUUUCGGGAGUGAAAUAGUGGUGCACAGACAGCGGGAAGAAAAACACCUUUUGUCUGUCUGUGUGUGCGUGCGUACGUGUUAGUGAGUCUUAAGGAAAAAUAAAAGAAGGAACCCCAGAACCGCUUUCCACCAUUGAUCGUAGCCGUGUGAUAUGAGAGGACCGCCCCGGCGACGACGGAACAGCUGAUGAGCCCCACGGAACACGUGACGACGGCGGCGGCGACGACGGUGCUGAUGUUGCUGGCACUGCUAGUCGCCACACCGCCGUCCAGGAGGGGCGUCGAAGCGUCGGCAAGCGGUGGCCCGGGACCGGCGUCACCGGCUGGAGUGCCGGCCGUGAAUGUGGUCGUCGAAGAGCCCGAGUUUACGGACGUUAUCGAGAACGUUACAGUGCCUGCCGGACGGAAUGUCAAAUUGGCGUGCUCCGUCAAGAACCUAGGAUCGUACAAGGUGGCGUGGAUGCACUUUGAGCAGUCCGCGAUCCUCACCGUGCACAACCACGUGAUCACGCGGAAUCCGCGGAUCAGCGUUACUCACGACAAGCAUGACAAACACAAGACCUGGUUCCUGCACAUAUCGAACGUCCAGGAGGAGGACAAGGGUCGGUACAUGUGUCAGAUCAACACCGUUACGGCCAAGACCCAGUUCGGGUAUCUGCACGUGGUUGUGCCACCCAACAUUGACGACUCGCUCAGCUCGAGUGACGUCAUCGUGCGCGAGGGCUCGAACGUGACGCUCAAGUGCCGGGCCACCGGGAGUCCCCUGCCGGCGGUCAAGUGGAAGCGGGAUGACAAUUCUAAAAUAGCUAUUAAUAAGUCGUUGAGUGUGCCCGACUGGGACGGCGAAUCGGUGGAGAUCUCCAAGAUCUCCCGGCUGGACAUGGGCGCGUACCUGUGCAUCGCCUCCAACGGCGUCCCACCGACGGUGUCGAAGCGCAUUAAGGUCAGCGUGGACUUUCCGCCGAUGCUGUGGAUUCCCCAUCAACUGGUCGGAGUGCCGCUGAACUUCAACGUCACGCUGGAGUGCUUCACCGAGGCGCAUCCGACCUCGCUCAACUACUGGACGCGCGAGGAUGGCCACAUGAUCCACGACUCCCGGAAGUACAGGACAGAGUCCACGGUCGGCAUGCCGAUCUACAAGACGCACAUGCGGCUGCACAUCUACUACAUCCAGCAGACCGACUACGGCACCUACAAGUGUGUGGCCAAGAAUCCUCGGGGCGAAACGGACGGCACGAUCCGGCUGUACAUAUCCAACCCACCCACGACCUCACCGGGUCCCCCCACGACGGAAGCGCAGGACUUUUGGGUCAACAGUGCCGGCCGAAACAACGAUUCCCUCCCGGGGCUGCACCACCACGGUGGCAAUGGGCCCGGGAGGCCCAGGCCAAAACGGCCAGCAUCAUCCCAAUUCGUAUUCCGUGCACGUGGUUGAUAAAAAUUCCAACCUGAACGAGAUUGACCGGUCCGAGCAGAACUCGAAGGUUAUCUACUGGGCGACCAACAGCAAUGGAAGCAGUAGGGCUGCUCACAACCUUCUGUCCAGCGUGGCGGCCAGCACGGUCCUGCUGUUGGCAUCGCUG